UGUCAUCAACCUGGCCAUAUGUGACUUGGGAGUGAUGUCCAUGCACGUGUUCGUCCUGAUCGGGGCCAUCUACGGGGACACAUUCCUCAAGGACAGAUAUGUCAUGUGUGAAGUCAGUGGAAUCGUCUGCAUGCUCAGUUGUUUCGGCAGUCUCUGGACUAUGAUGUUUGUCGCCGUGAACAGGUAUGUGUUCAUCUGUCAAAACCAAAUCUACAACAAACUGUUCGACCUCAAAGGCACUGUGGUCGCUCUAGUCCUCCUCUGGAUCUGUGUUUUCCUUCUCGACCUGCCCAACUACCCUUGGUUCGGGGGCCAUGUGUUCACGGAGCUGUUCCUUCACUGCUCCUUCAAGAUUGACAGCAUUCGCUGGUGGUUCAACACUCUAUUCUACUCUGUAUUGGCUCUCUGUGUCCCCAUGUUCACAAUCAUGUUUUGCUACUACAGCAUUUGGCGAAAGGCUAAUAGCGCAAGUGGGAUUGGGAAGGCGAGCGAGAAGCGGCAGAAGGAGCAGAAGCAGCUGGUGAUCUCCCUCGUCACCCUCUUUGUAGCCUUCUGCGUCACCUGGCUCCCAUAUGGAAUCCUGAUUGCGCUUCUAGGAUUCUCUUUCGAUGUUGGCGCCUACUUGCCUUUCGAGGCGAUUAUCAUGCUCGAUUUGUGGGCUCACUUCAACUCAUCUUGCAACUUCAUAAUCUACGGUGUCACGCACAGAGGGUUCCGAGAUGCGUACCUGGAACUAUUAUACAAGGUGAUCCCUUGUUGCAAGCCAAGCAAAGUGAACGAACACACUUCUAAUGCUACGGGAGCAACCACGAUGCGAUCGCAAGCCACGACUCAGAUGUAAAAGUUCACAACAAGGUUGAUAACCCAAAUGACGUUCCUGACAUCGAAUCACCCAUACCCCAUCA